AUGUAUUCCAAAUUAUUUAUUGUUGGGGUAUUUGUGCCUGUGUGUUUUCUAGUUUGCAGUGAGGCACCGUUUAUUAAGCAAACAAAUGUAAUUUGUAAGUCCCACAACAAGUCGUGGGUCGUUUUUCAUUACUGUCGACUAAAGGCGUAUUCACGAAACAAGACUAGCUUGAAUUUAAAUCUAACACUUACAGAGCCAGCAUACAACAUUGAUCUUAAAGUGAAGAUUAUGAAAAGGGCUAAUGGCUACAAGCCAUUUCUGUAUGAUUUCACCAUCGAUCUCUGUCAGUUUAUGAGAAAACGAAAUCAUCCUGUGUUGAGAAUCAUCAUGGAUAUGAUUAAGCACGUAUCCACACUGAAUCAUACCUGUCCUUAUGUGGGCUUGGUGUCGGUUAGCGAUUUCCAUGAAGUUUAUAUUCCAGUUCCAUGGCCAACUGGAGACUACUUAGUGAUAUUAGCUUAUAUGUUUGAUGGUAAGCCGCAGGUUACCACAAAACACUAUUUUCUAUUUAAGGAAGAUUACUAG